CUCGAAGCGGCGCGGUACGUAGUUGAGGGGAAACGUGGUCAAAUUGGACGAGCUAGGCCUGGUAUUGUAGAGAUUUUCUUAGCACUAGUUAUUACAAAACCGGGGCUCGCGUAGGAGUCUGUUACCGCGCUGCGUCUGAUGCGAUUUGUUCACAGUAACGCGGCUGUCCGGGCCUGUACUUAGUCAAGGUGAAUAGGCCAAGAUGCCCGUUGCCAGAACUUGGGUUUGCCGGAAGACCUACGUCACUCCGCGACGUCCAUUUGAGAAGUCGCGGUUGGACCAAGAGUUAAAGCUCAUUGGUGAAUAUGGUCUGCGUAACAAGCGCGAAGUGUGGAGGGUGAAAUUCACUCUCGCCAAGAUCCGUAAGGCUGCCAGAGAGCUACUGACCUUGGAUGAGAAGGACCCCAAGCGUCUGUUUGAGGGUAAUGCCCUGCUGAGGAGACUGGUGCGUAUUGGAGUGUUGGAUGAGGGGAAGAUGAAGCUCGAUUACAUUUUGGGCUUGAAAAUUGAAGACUUCUUGGAGCGUCGCUUGCAAACACAGGUCUUUAAGUUGGGCCUGGCCAAGUCCAUCCAUCAUGCCCGUGUGCUGAUCAGACAGAGGCACAUCCGCGUCCGUAAGCAGGUGGUGAACAUCCCGUCAUUCAUAGUCCGUCUGGAUUCUCAGAAACACAUCGACUUCUCCCUGCGCUCACCUUAUGGCGGGGGACGUCCUGGCCGCGUCAAGAGAAAGAACGCAAAGAAGGGACAAGGCGGUGCCGGAGGUGCAGAUGAUGAGGAGGAAGAUUAAAACCUAAAUAAGGAACUUCCCUUUGCCAUCAUGGAAGUGAUUGUUUCUUUAAAAUAAAACUCCUUUGGGAAGACA